AUGGAUGAGUCCCUUCAAGUAGACUACGUCAAGAGCAACAAGGAGAAGCAUUUCACCGUUUGCAUUCCGUUAAAGCACAUAUUUGGAAGUAUGGAAGACUAUCGUCAAGUUAUCGUAAACAUGCGCCAAGAAUUGGUACUGAUUCGUGCUAGAAGCGAUGCCGAUUGUUACAUGGGCACAGCGAACGAUGCAACAAUAACAUUAACAAAAAUUCAAUGGAAAGUUCCUCACGUGACAGUUAGCGACAGUGCCAAAAUUGGGCUAUAUGAGCGCAUUAACAAGGAUGCAAUAAUUACAAUGCCGUUUCGUCAAUGGGAACUGUACGAAUUGCCCGCUUUGAAACAGGCACAGUCGGAUAUAUGGCCAAUCAAAACGUCAACCCAAUUAGAGAAACCUCGAUGGGUAAUCGUAGCAUUUCAACGUAGUGGAAAAAGGUUUUCGCAUGAGGCGAGAGCGACCAAUUUCGAUAACGUCAAUAUCCGCAAUCUAAAGCUUCAUCUCAAUUCUGAAAGUUAUCCGUACGAAGCGAUGCAUUUAGAUUUUAGUGCCAACAAAUAUAUAACCGCAUAUCAAAACUACGUAAACUUUCGUAGAGAUUAUUACAUCAAGGACGAGCAAGACGCUUUGUUUGAUUAUUCUUAUUUUAAAAGUUGUCCAAUCUUUGUAAUGGAUUGUUCAAAACAAAACGAAUCUCUGAAGCAUUCAACGGUAGAUGUUAGAUUGGAAAUGGAAUCGAUGGAGGCCUUCGAGGCGGGAACCGUUGCUUAUUGUCUGAUCUUGCACGACGCCCUAGUUCAAUACAAUCCUUUGACUGGAGAAGUGAAGAAACUAUAG